AGAGGCUACAUGCAGCGGUACACAUACGGCGGUGUUAAAGUCAAUCAGAGCAAAAUAAUACCUAGACAUUUUAAAUGAGGCAUUAAUAAUCUUAUUUACGCAUUUAUCACUGCCUGAAAGGGUGAGCUACAAUCUGCUGUAAUGAAGCUUAACAAUCUGUCCAAUUACGACACGUGUUCCCACUGUUCGGCAGUCCUAAUUUCCUAUCUUCCGCUGCGUCGUAAUAUCAGCACAGCAUCUGGUCUGUAUGGGAAGCUCUUGCGUAUUAGCCCGACUUUCUGCAUUAAUCACGAUCUUGAUAUUUUUGUAUAGUAUCGCAAUGGUUAUAUGUACACUAUAAAACCGCUUGUCUCGAAUUAUAUAAUACGGCAACAACCUACUGCUCUCUUUGUAUAUGUACAUAGAAUAUUCUUUUAUGACCUUUUCGCAUUUAUUUUUUUAUCCUCUUAUAUUAAUAAGUACUACUCUUUCUUUAUUCAAAGUAUUUAUACCUACGUUUGUAUAUUAUGUAUAGUACAAUAUACACACUCCUAGAUUAACCGUGCCAAAGCAAACCAAAAAUGGACCUGUUGUGGUGAAUGUGUGCGGGAAAUGUUUACCCAACAUCAGCUACCAUGGAUCCCACAAUGGGUCGAUCCGUGUCGCAAGUGUACAAUGCCGGCCGCACCGAGCGGCCACGCAGUCCGCAGUUCAAUCAUCUGCGCCGGACAUCCGUUCUGUUUUCCUUGUUCUGUGUGUUGUGCGGUGUUGUGGGUUUCGGUCUGGCCCUGUACGGAUUGACCAAUAGUUUUGGUGGGGAUUUUGCCACGAUCAGCAUGAGCAUCAUGCUGGCCGCCGAGAUUCUGCUGAUCUUUGCCGGGAUUAUUGGUAUUGUGGGCGGUAUGAAGGCCUCCACGCGGCUAUUGAAAUUGGCGCUGGGCAUCCUUUUAAUCUGUGUACUGUCCUUUACGGGUGUGGCCGUAUUCACGCAUCUCAAGUUGAUUAAUAUCAAGCACAAGGUGACGAAAGCCGUGGAAAAUUUCAUGGAUAUGUACGGGACGAAGAUGGGGCAGUUUCAUCAUGGUGAUCAAACACUGGAUGAAAUCCAAACCGAGCACGCGUGCUGUGGAAGUUCGUCGCCUAAACAAUGGGGAUUAACGAGAUACGGGAGAAUACCAUUAUCCUGCUGCAGAAAUAUUCAUGAAUGCAGUCUUAUUCUAAAUUCUACAGAGAAUUUCGAACAACAAUAUCGUGAGCUGUACAAUCUUCGAACUCCUUCCGGUUUGGUGUUGCGGCGGCGGGGAUGUGUGGAUGUGAUAACCAGCUUAUACAAAUCUGCCCAAGAUAUUAUAGUAGCCUGUGCAGGAGCGAGCGCCGUGUUUAUUUUUCUGUGUUUCGUACUCGUCACAUCCUUCUGCUGUGCUACCCAGCGAAUAGGACUUUAAAAGUUCAUUUAAAAUUUACAGAUAAAAGAACUGAAAUUAUUAUCUGAAAGAAAGAGCACAUGUUCUCGAUGUGCACUAAGAAAUGUUGAAAUCUAUGUAUAACAACCAGAACUGAGUCGAUUUAAAAUUCUGGAAAAAGAUUUAUAAAAUCUAUAAAAGCAAUUAAAACCAAUCACCGGUGAUAACGUUUCCCUGAGAUUUCCACGGAGGAAGAUUCGAAAACGCCACAAAAUCAGUCAAAUUCGGAUCCGAUGGUAAUGCUCAGUUCCGUUCCCAAGAUCAGGGUACUGUGGUACCACGUGUCGGUAUCCACCACAACUAGAACAAAAUGAAAUUCCUUCUAUAACCUACGAAUGUCUGAAAAGGCUGAACGAAUUUGCAUUGUGCACGUACUGAUGUCAUUAGGAUUGAUAACCACUUUAAGCGUCGAGCAUUCAAAGUAGCAUUCCGGCGGAGGCUGCAGUGUCCAUUCUUUGAUGCCGCGGAUCUGCGCCUGCCAUGAUGAGCGUCCUACGUUGUCAACCUAAACAUCGCAGAUUUUCACUAACGAGUUCCAAAUUGUAUAUCGUACUGCGUACAACCUUUCUUUUGAUAAAAACAAACGAACACAAACUAGAC